AUGCCCGCCUUCCCCACAAACCCCAUCGCCAAACUCACCGGCCACAACGGCAUCGUUCACGCCGUCGCCUACUCCUCCGGCGCGCAGUCGUACAUCCUGACAGGCUCGUCCGACCGCACUAUCCGCCUGUACAACCCGCAAAAAGCGCCGACUACCUCCGUCGCCCCCUCCGCAUCGAACGUAUACCCGCCCGGUCUCGUGAACAAGUACUCGGCGCACGGCUACGAAGUCCUCUCCAUCGAUGUCAACCACGACAAUGACCGCUUCGUAUCGACGGGAGGAGACAAGACUGUUUUUCUAUGGGAUGUGCAGACCGCGCAGACGAUUCGGCGCUAUACAGGCCACGCGGGGCGCGUGAAUCGCGGCGUCUUCGGCGGGGAGGGCGAUAGCAUCAUUGCAACGGGCAGCUUCGAUGGCACGGUCAAGAUCUGGGACGUCAAGUCCAACAGCUUCAAGCCCGUCAUGUCGCUGGACGAUGCGAAAGACGCCAUCACCGAUGUCGCCAUAUCCGAUGCGGAGAUCAUAACUGCCAGCGUGGACGGCAGAGUGCGUAGCUAUGAUUUGCGCACGGGACUGUGUCAGGCGGACGUCAUUGGAUACCCGUGCACCAGUCUGGGUGUGACGAAGAAAGGGACGGAGAUGUUGGUUAGUUCGCUGGACUCGACGGUUCGGCUGAUGGAUCGCGUGAAUGGCGAGAUGUUAAAGGCGUACACGGAUGAUGCGUUCGUCAAUAAGGAUCUACGCGUACGCAGUACGUUGGGCUUGAAUGAUAGUGUGGUGCUUAGUGGGAGUGACAACGGCAUGGUGUUCGUGUGGGACAUACUCGGUGGAGAAUGCUUGCACCGGUUCAAACACUCUGAGAUGCGAGAGGUCCAAGGCCCUGGCAUAGUCGCUGGCCAGACAGGCAAAAAAGACGUAGUGUCUGCUGUAGCCUUCUGCCAGACGCGCAGAGAAUGGGCGAGUGCUGGCGGCGACGGCAGCGUGGUAUUACUUUUCCCAUCCACAACGCCUAUCUAA